CGAGCAUUUUUUUUGUUUGGUAUAAAUAAAGCGCUUGUAUUUGAUUCGCUCUCUAAUUAAACCAUCGAUCGUUAAUACUCGAUCGGGCGUAUAAUUUCAAAUUCCUGUCAAAUUGACUUGAGUCAGCGCGGUAAAUGAGCAGAAGACGAUUCUCCGGCGCCUCGACGAGGAGACGGAAGCCCAAAUGCAGGAGUACCUGCAACAAGAACCGCCCGAAUCCGCGUAGAAACAAAUACCAUUCGAGCUACGAUGAAAUCAAGGAGAAGCUAAAAGACCUGCUGGUGCGCUAUCCCGACCACAUCCAAGUGGAACCGGUGGGUUGUUCGCAGGAAGGCAGGACGAUAUUCAUAGCGUUCGUGUCGAGAAACGCGGAGGAAUUCCCCAAAAACGCGGUGUUCAUCGAAGCCGGCUCGAACGGUCGAGACCACCUAGCAGUAGCCUCAGCGCUCUACAUCAUAGAGCAUUUAUGCAAAACCGUACAAACCAGCAAAUUACUGAAAAUCAUGGAUUGCUUCGUGAUACCCUGCAGCAACCCGGACGCCUACGAGGCGACCCUCAAGGGCCGCAAGCCUCGCCUAAACCUAGCCAGGUGUUUCCCCUUCAAGCUCGGCCAAUACAGCCUCGACGAUAUAGGCGAAGCCGAGUUCCUGCGAGCGGCCAAAACGUGGAAGGAAAACCAGCGGUUCGACGCCAGCGAACGAUCCGCGCUGGUUUCGGCCAUCUCGGCCUACCAAUUCGCCACCAAGCUGUUCGUGUCGCUGCAGGAGGAGGGCGAGAUGAUCGCGUUUCCGUUCGGCGCGACGUCGCGGCCGAUCGGCGACGCCGACGAGCUGGCGCGCGUCGCCAGAAUCGGCCGAUCGGGCGCCGGGUCGAGCUUCCGAUGGGGCUCGAUCUACCAGCUGUGCGGGCUCACCUUCGGCACCGUCGUCGACUUCCUGCGGACGUUUUCCGCGCACUUUAAGUACUCGUACAUCGUGCAUAUGAACGAUAGGGGGAGCGCUAAUCGGGCGGACGAGCGGGCUUCGAGGGUGCUCUGUUGCAUCACGAAAAUGGCCAAGGAGGUGUACGAUGCUUUCAACGUGGAGAAACAGGAAGUUUCGCCGCCUAAAAGCGAUAAAUUUAUAAGGGACGCGAACGAGUACACCUAAUAAAU